GCCGCGCACCGAGAGGCGAGACCGGCCAGAUGGGCCGCUGAGCCCGGAUCGGGGACCGUGUGGAGCCCCCUGGAGCUAAAAUCAGGAUGUUCCGCUUCAUGAGAGACAUGGAGCCCGAGGACCCCAUGUUCCUGAUGGACCCUUUUGCCAUUCACCGUCAGCACAUGAACCGGAUGUUGUCAGGCCGCUUUGGAUACAGCCCCUUCCUCAGCAUCACAGAUGGCAACAUGCCAGGGACCAGGUCUGCCAGCCGCAGAAUGCAGGCUGGGACUGUCUCUCCGUUCGGGAUGCUGGGAAUGUCAGGCGGCUUCAUGGACAUGUUUGGGAUGAUGAAAGACAUGAUUGGGAACAUGGAGCACAUGACAGCCGGAGGCAACUGCCAGACCUUUUCAUCCUCCACGGUCAUCUCCUACUCCAAUACGGGCGACGGCGCCCCCAAGGUUUACCAAGAGACUUCAGAGAUGCGCUCGGCCCCAGGCGGGAUCCGGGAGACUCGGAGGACUGUGCGGGACUCGGACAGUGCGCUGGAGCAGAUGUCCAUUGGGCAUCACAUCCGAGACCAGGCUCACAUCCUUCAGCGCUCCCGAAACCACCGCACGGGGGACCAGGAGGAACCGCAGGGCUAUAUCAACCUGGAUGAAAGUGAGCCUUCCUUCCCAUUCCUCAGCCUGCCAAGUCCCGGUCCCGUGAGCUAG